CAGGUUUCUCCGCCUCGACGCUGCUCUCAACCUUCUCUCACACUCUGAUUCCGGUUGAGGUGUUUAAUACCAUGAGUGUGAGAUGGCCAAGGUUUUUGACACCAACUUAUCUCUCACAGCUAAUACGUAGCCAGAGAAACCCAUUAAAGGCUUUGGAUAUUUUCAAUGAAGCUAAGACUAGGUAUCCAAGUUACCGCCAUAAUGGUCCCGUAUAUGCUACCAUGAUCAGAAUGCUUGGAGGCUCGGGGAGAUUGACUGAGAUGAAAGAAGUCGUUAAUCAGAUGAAAAAGGACUCUUGUGAAUGCCAAGAUUCGCUCUUUGCCGACAUAAUCGGAACUUAUGCUAGUGCUGGUUUGUUUGAUGAAGCUUUUUCUCUGUUCAAUAGUCUUUCUGAAUUUAACUGUGUGAUAUAUACAGAGUCUUUUAAUACUCUGUUGGAGAUAAUGGUGAAGGAAUCCAAGCUAGAAACAUGUUAUCAGUUUUUUGUGGAGAAUUGUCAUGGUUGGGAGAUCAAGUCUCGAGCCCGUCCCUUGAAAUUGUUGAUGACUUCUCUUUGUCAGAUGCAUCGUUCAGAUCUUGCACUGCAUGUUUUCCAAGAAAUGGGCCAUCAGUGGUGCUAUCCCGAUAGGGAUACAUAUCGGAUCUUGAUGAAGGGUUUGUGUGAAGACAAAAGAUUUGUUGAGGCAACUCAUUUGUUGUAUUCUAUGUUUUGGAGGGUUUCUCAGAAGGGUUGUGGUUCUGAUGUGUCUGUAUACAGAAUGCUAUUGGAGUCUCUAUGUGACAAUGGACACGCUGGUCCUUUCGUCGGGGAUACUUUCAAGAACACUUCAUCACUAACAUCGAAUUUGAUUUCUGGGCCACUCGGUAUGACGCCUUUGAUACUGGUGCAGACCCUGGUUCCAAAUCAAUAG